AUGGCCGACGAAAAGCCUAAGGAAGGAGUCAAGACUGAGAACAACUAUCAUAUUAAUUUGAAGGUGGCGGGGCAGGAUGGUUCUGUGGUACAGUUUAAGAUUAAGAAGCAUACACCACUUAGUAAACUAAUGAAAGCCUAUUGUGAACGACAGGACACACCUGCACAGUUGGAAAUGGAGGCUGAGGAUACAAUUGAUGUGUUCCAGCAGCAGACAGGAGGUGUCUACUAA